GGAUCACGCCCCCCGUGUCAGCCCCGGGGGCGGUGCAGCGCAGCGCCGCAGAACGCAUCUGUCGGCGCGGCUCCUGCAGAGGCGAUCAGAGCGCGCUGCGAGCAAACCCAGACAGGUUUCCCUUCGGAUGGCUGCGCGUUUGCUUCGGGAGGAGAAGCUCUCCAAGGAUCUCCCUUCCUUCACCACCACUGCUACCACCAGGGCGACGAGGAAUGGGGGAGCAGGCAAGGAGAAGGCUCUGUCCAACCAAGAGGACUUGGGAGGAGACCGGGGCAUGACAGACGAUAUCUUUGACAAGAGCUACUGUGAGAAGGAGGGCCCCAAGCCUGCCAGGAGAUACGUCUGGAGGAACAUUGUCCUCAUGAGCCUGCUGCAUUUAGGGGCCUUGUACGGGUUGUGGCUGAUACCUGCAGCAAAGCCUGUCACCUUGGUAUGGGGGUUCCUGUGUUUCCUGCUGAGUGCUCUGGGGAUAACAGCGGGAGCACAUCGCAUCUGGAGCCAUCGGUCCUACAAAGCCAGCUUGCCCCUCAGGAUCUUUCUGGCCAUAGCCAACUCCAUGGCUUUUCAGAAUGACAUCUAUGAGUGGGCCCGAGAUCACCGCGUCCACCACAAGUUCUCCGAGACGGACGCGGACCCUCAUAACGCCACACGGGGCUUCUUCUUCUCCCACGUUGGCUGGCUGCUGGUGCGCAAACACCCCGAUGUCAUUGAGAAGGGCCGGAAGCUGGACAUGACUGACCUGAGGGCUGACAAAGUGGUGAUGUUCCAGAGGAGGUUUUACAAGCUUUCUGUGGUGGCCAUGUGCUUCCUGUUCCCCACCCUAGUGCCCUGGUGCUUCUGGGGGGAAUCUCUCCGCAACAGCUUCUUCCUCCCUGCCAUCCUGCGCUACGUGCUGGUGCUCAACGCCACCUGGCUCGUGAACAGCGCUGCACAUAUGUUUGGCAACCGGCCCUAUGAUCGAAACAUCAACCCCCGGGAGAACCGCUUGGUCACAUUUGGAGCCUUAGGCGAAGGCUUCCACAAUUACCACCACACCUUCCCCUACGAUUACUCCACCAGCGAGUUCGGCUGGCACUACAACUUCACCACGGCCUUCAUCGAUCUCAUGUGCCUCCUGGGGCUCGCCAGCGACCGCAAGAAGGUCUCCAAGGAGACCAUCCUGGCUCGGAAAAUUCGGACUGGUGAUGGGAGCCACAAUGGCUGAGGGCCCAUUUCUCCCCCACAUUUUAUUUCCCCCCAUGCAAGCUGGGCACAGGGUUUUAUGUUCUAUUUACUAACCAUUGAAUAAUGCUACCAGGUUGCUUCAGAUGAUGAUGAUUUUAACCCUCCUGCACAAUGUAUUUUAAAUGAUGUAUUUAAGACCUAUAACUUUUGUCUCUCUAAUGCUCGGCCCUCUCUCUCCUCUCUUCUUUUUUUGUUCUUUUGUCUCUCUGGCAAGAUCUUUCUCUUUCCCUCUAAUCCCUCCAUGCUUCAUUCUCUCCUUGGCAGGGAGCUGGUUGAAAGCCUGUCCAGGGCAGAUCAUGCCAGUGGCUGAAGAGUUGAGCCAAAGUCAGGGACUCUUUCCCUAGAAAUCCCCCCUUUCCUGCCUCUGGCUCUCCUGCCCUCCCAGGGCUGCUGAUUCAGGGCAGACAAAGUGGCAGCUGAUGUGGCCACAUCCAAGCGAAUUGAUCCUGUGUGUGACCAGCUAGAAAGCGGGGAUGAUGCUAUGUCAGAGACCCAGGGGAGCCUCGUGUCUGUGCAGAUGGGCUUCCUGCAGCCAAUUAACAAGUACCUGAUAGAAACUGACACCAAAGCAGGGGACACUGAGAGGGUUAAAGCAUGAGAAAGUUACAGGGUCCCAGCCCAGUGCUCUGAGUGACCCCUUCCCAGCACAGCCCCUCUGAAGCCAGGGGGGAGAGCCACGGCUACUGGGCAGAUCCAGGCUGGAGAUGGGACUGAAUUGUCCCACUGUGCUGGGGGCAGGAAAGCAUGUUAGGGGGCCCAUGAUCAGCUCCCAGCCCCUUCCAAAGCAAAUCAGAGAUGCCUUGGGGACAGUAGCUUCCUGUUGCACAUUGUGGCCAUUCCCUCUGCUAUCGGUGAGGAGGACACAACUCCCAGUGGGAAGCACUGGUGCAGCCAUUGCCGAUCAUUCGGGGUAUUGGCUAAAGCAUCUUGCUCGUGUUGCUGAUGGUGGCCAUUCCCAUAACUCCCCCCAACACACGGUGCUAGAGCAGGGUGCUGGCGCCUGGGCCGUGUGUAAUUCAUCCCCUGCAGACAGGUCCUUCGCUCCGGCGAGGGGGUCCGCUGCACAGCGCCUGGGCAUGGAAGGUGCCUGUUUCACUCCUUGGCAGCACUGACAGUGAAGGCUAAUGCCAGGCGGACUGCACUGUCUGAGGCCUCAAGACAUUGGGGGAAGGGUUAAAACCCUUGUGCGUUUCACCCCAUAGCACUUGCAGAUGCCACGGACGGGCUUGGUGGGAUGAGGCCCCAUUCCCAUCAGCCACUUGCCAGACAGUCCUGGGUGAAAGCUAGCGAGGUGCCCAGGCUGCUGGAUCCUGGGGCAGAGCUGGGAAAAGCUGGGCUGGGGUGGAGGAAUGAUGCUGAGAUGCUCCUUCCCCCACCCCAGCUGUGCUGCGUAUCCUCAAGGGCAGGCUCCAGCCUUCCCAUGCAGGCCAAGGUGAGCACAGCACUGCUGAUGUCUUCCUGUGGUCACAGAGCUCUUGGUGUCAGCCAAGAAGUUGUUCCUGUGCUUUGCCGUGACCAGAACUGUCCAGCUUUGCAGCCCAGCAGAGCAGCCUGCCCUCUGACUGAGCUAGUGAGAUGAACAGGCUCAGGAGCGGGCCACCCGCAUAUAAUCCAGUCGGGAAGCUUUUAAUUCCUGGGCUCUAAACCCGGGAGGUGGAUGGCUGGGUGGGAUUCCCCAUGGCUGAGAUUUAUACCUGCUCAGAGGGUGGCUGUGGAUAGUUUUAUCCAACUGGAUACAAAGAAACUUGCAUGUCAUAAUCCUGGGCCAGAGCCAUCCCUGGUCCAAACCCCACUGACUGGAGUCUACACCCUGGGUGAAUUUGACCUCCCCCAAUAGUUCUUCCCUCACCUCGUGAUCCGGACAUGUUGAGUCGUGUAUCUGAAGAGUAGAUUGCAUCACACAACAUGCUACGGCAUCCACCAUCCUCUCAGGAGAAAAGCAAGGGGUUGAUUCGGGCAUUGCCUCUGAAUCCCAAGAGUACUGAUCACAUCCAAAAAUCCUGACGCAGUGGGGAAGCAGAGUGGAAGUAGCCAAACAGCGCCGGUGUUUGCCCAGUCACUGUUGGUAGAUUGGCAUACAUCUCUGACUGCCUUAAGUCUAUAAUACACAUAGGAGUAUUGACAGCUAUUUGCAGGAUGUUUUUCUUUCCAUGAUGAAUUAUGGAAAUUUGAUUUAAUUAACUACCACCAUCAAAUUGUGGGUGCAGGUGAUUUUUGAAUGUAUUGAGUUAGAAUUUGUUAGAUUAAGGAACAGAUGCAUCAUUUUAAAUAGAACCUUGUUUGCUUUGUAUUUCUUUCUUUGGUGGCAUGUUUGUAUCCUAAGUGUGUUCUCUGUGAGUUUAGCUAAAGUGAAUCGGAGUGAGAGGUGGACGUAGACAAAGCACCAGCAUGUCUAGUGGCUAGAGCACCAGGCCUCCUGAGCUCUAUUGCCAGCUUUGCCACUGACUCAGUGAGAGAUCUAGGGCAAGUCAGUUAACUUCUCCAUGCCUCAGUUUCCCUCUCUGUAAAAUAGGGAUAGCACCCUACCUCACAGGGGUGUUGUGAGGCAUAAUUAAUACUUGUAAAGUGAGAACAAGGUGUGGAAGGCGCAAUAUACAUGCUAGUGGUGGCAAUGGUAGUAAAUGACUGGAUUGCAAACAGUGUUCUCAGCCCCUCUGGUAUCCUGGAGACGGGACGUGCAAGUGUUGGAUAAGAAGUGAAGGAUUGGAAGGUUGAAUCUGUGCAUCGUCUAAGCUCUGUUGCUAUUGAAAUGUGAGUGGGAUACAACUUUCCUGGUUCGGUUUCUGCAUUCUAAGAUCUCCGUGUUUUGUCUACUGAAAAACUUUGAAAUAAUUUCUACUAAUUUGGAAUCAGGCGACUGGUUGUGCUGAUCUGAACUGGUAUUUGUUCAUAAUAAAAGUUUACUUUAAAACUUGA